AUGAAGGCGGCCCCUCCAACCUUAGCGUCGGCGCGGUGUGGCGGCACGGGAUUGCCGGCAGGGGGCGCGCUCAACCCGCGCAUCGCGGGCCCCGCCCUUCCCGGCGCUGGACGCCGGACGCCGAGCAGAAGCCGCGCGUCUAGCCCCGCGCCGAGCGGGCCGGGGUGCGCGCCCGGGGCGCCCUCCUGCCACCCCCGGGCCUGGGCGCCGCGCGUUCCCCUGGCAGGUAGCGGCGGCCUGGACGGCGGGGCCGGGCUGGGCCAGGGCGCGGGGGCGGCGCUGCGGGCGCCCAGUGCCCCGGUGCUGCUGGCCGCCGCGUUGCUCGGCGCCUACUGCCUGUGCGCCCUCCCGCCGCCCGCCCCCGGGGCGCCCGGCCUGCCCGUGGCCAGCGGCGCGGGGCGCCGGCGCUUCCCGCAGGCUCUGAUCGUGGGCGUGAAGAAGGGCGGCCCGCGCGCGCGGCUUGAGUUUCUGCGGCUGCACCCCGACGUCCGCGCUCUCGGCUCCGAGCUCCACUUCUUCGACAGGCGCUACGAGCGCGGCCUCGCUUGGUACCGGAGCCUGAUGCCACGCACCCUGGAUGGGCAGGUCACCAUGGAGAAGACGCCCAGCUGCUUCGUGACGCGAGAGGUGCCGGGGCGCCAUGGCAUGUCCCCCCACACCAGGCUUAUUGUGGUGGUGCGGAACCUGACGCGUGCCGUGUCUGACUACGCACAGACACUGUCCAGGACACCGGGGCUGCCCAGCUUCCGCGCGCUGGCCUUCCGCCAGGGCCUGGGCCCCGUGGACUCGGCCUGGAGCGCCGUGCGCAUCGGCCUGUACGCGCAGCACCUGGCACCCUGGCUGCGUUUCUUUCCGCUCUCCCGCUUCCUCUUCGUCAGCAGGGGCCUGGUCAGUGACCCCGCCGGCGAGGUGGGCCUGCGGCGUGUGGUCACCGACAAGCACUUCUACUUCAACGCCACCAAGGGCUUCCCUUGCCUCAAGAAGGCACAGGGCAGUGGCCGCCCCCGCUGCCUGGGCAUGGCCAAGGGCCAGCCGCACCCCCUGCCCCCCGCCGUGCUGCGGCUCCUCCGUGACUUCUACCGGCCCUUUACCCGCAGGUUCUAUCAGAUGACCGGCCAGGACUUUGGCUGGGACUGA